AUGAACAACGGUAGUUUCUCAACGGGCAACAUUUUCUCUCGUGGUCUUUCUCGCAUUUCGUUGCGGAAGAAGCGAAGAGCCUUGCCGGCGAAUACACUCGUCGAGCAGCCACCCGUUGAUGUUUCGACGGCCUAUUCUCAACCCAAACCGUUCGUUCCCUUCACUUUCACUUUUCAGAGUAAAUUAGCUGCGCACUCUGAACUUAAUUGAGUGUUUCCUAUAGAGUUUUGAGUACUGAAGAGUGACCUCUUCAAUGUAGCAAAAUUCUUUUAAGACCAGUUUUUUUUCCUUUUGAUGAAUCACGGCAAUCCAAAACGCAUUGAUGUGUUUGAAUUCCAACCGAAAACUUUUCAUUAGAUCGUUUUAUUUUUCCAGUUUCAUUAGAAGUUAGGCGCAGACUUGUUCGCCAUUUGGGUUUAGGCUGAGUUGGAAAAAAAGAGCGUUAGGGAACCUUUUUCUUUAAUUAGUUUUGAUGACGUCAUUUUUAUUUUAAUUUGCCCAUUUGCAUUGCUCAUCAAUAACUGCUGUGCACACUUGUUCUUAUCAGAUCAAUUCUUUUCUUUAAUGGAAGUCGUUCAUUUUAAUCUGCGAAUCACCUUUUCGUUAAAUUUGCCGCCCCUCUAACUUUAGCCCAUUUGAAAAAAGGUUUAACAAUAAGAUCACCAAUCACCCUAGAUCAACCGUAGUUCGUUAUGGAUUGAAAUGAGUUGGAAACAUGUGAGAAGAGCUGGAUGAGCGUUCGUUUGGCGUAGUGUGAAUGCGGACUGCGCCGGCCGCUGUUCCUCGGCGUGCCGUCGGAGACCAGCUGUUCGUUUUCACAUUGUCUUCCUCUCUUCCAAAAACAUUUUGAGGACAAUCCCGUUAUCGAUUUCCUGAAAAGUUCUUGUUAUUAUGUUUUACUUCAGCUCAUCAAGAGGGUAUCAAAUAGAUUAAUUACAAGGACAAAAAAAAAUAUAUUUACAUAUUUCAUUCCAUGCGUAUGAUAUUAAGAGUAAGAUUAAAAAAAUUUUAAUGAAAGUGAGAUUAAUAAUUUCCUGUUGAAACUUUUUUUGUUAAAGCUGAAAAUGAUGCAGAAUUUAUUUUUUUAAUGCAUAGGUCGUUCUUUAAACUUUAAACUUUUUGUGAUUGUCAGCUCAAAAAAACUUUUUCUCAUCAAAAAAGCUGUGAUUCUCUGAAAGUUUUUACUGAGUUCUAAAAAUAGUUCUAGUCAGUUCUUCUUCGAUAGUUUGCUUUAAAUAUUAUAAAUUGAUAUUUGUCUGAGUUCAUUGCAAAUUUCAGUUAAUUUGAGGAUUUUCAGGCCCCUCUUGACCCGAGGAAUGGACAGACUGAGGAGGUCUCUGCGACUGCCACGACGCCGCGAACGAAGUUCCGAACGCGCGACUUCAGAACUGAGUCCUCAGGCUUCUGGGGGCAGCAAACAGGAACAGUGGCAACCUGACGAGAGCGCCGUCCGCGCCGGUCUUUGCAGCUUUCACGUCAAGGUUUUUUGAAUCUGUUUCUUUGCUUCUAUAUUCAAAGAAGGUUAUUUUACUUUGUGGUUGAGAACUUCCGGGAAAGUAGAACCGAAAACACUUUGAUGUGCCCGAUGAAGAUCCUGGAAGUAUCAUUUUGCAGAAAUACCUAGUUUUUGAGAGAGUAUGACUUUAGUCCUGCGAAAAUUCAUUAAAAUGUGCUGUAUUGAGAAAAUGGAGUCUCUAUUUCUCAAAAACCAGAAAGUUGAGGUUCCCAGUUUUUGAGAAUUGAGCGCUCAAAGUCUCGAACAGGCCUAUUUUAACUGCUUUUUAGGAUCAUCUUUUUUCGAGUCGUUCUUUCUCAGGAGCUAGGAGGUUAGUUGGGCAUACAGAGAUUCUCUGAAGUUUUUUUUUUGGGUACGUCAUUGAGCGUUCUGACCAACUUUCAGGAAACUCCUAACCGCAAAGUGAAAUGACCCACCGUUUUAAUAAGUCAUAAAUUUAACCAAAGUCAAAAAUCUAUAAAAUAAACUGCAUUCUCAAAAUCAUAAAAAAAUAAUUGUACAAUGUUUUUGUACAAUAAAUCGAACAUCUCGUCAUUUAUUUUCAUUUCAGACAAAACAUCUCAUUUUUAUUGACUUUUAGUAUCUGGGAGCCGUCGAAGUUUUUGAAUCUCGUGGAAUGCAGGUGUGCGAAGGAGCUCUCAAAGCUUUGAAGGUAAUUGUUCGGAAAAAAAAGCCUCAGAAACUAUUUAUUCUUCGCGGUUUAACUUCCAUCUCCUCGUUGAUAUGUUUCUUGAAGAAGGUUUUAGACGGCGAGAAGAAAACCUGUGAAAGCCGUUCUGUAUGUGUCAGGAGACGGUUUGCGAGUUGUCGACCAGGAAAACAAUCGCGGGCUUCUCGUUGACCAAACUAUAGAGAAGGUUGUCAUGCCGAAAACGCCAAGAAUUUCACGUUUUUCUUACGAUUUGAGGUAUCUUUCUGCGCCCCAGAUCGAAAUAACGCCAGAGGUUUUGCAUACAUUUGUCGCGAUGGGACUUCGCGUCGCUGGAUGUGUCACGGUUUCUACGCCACGAAGGAAACUGUGAGUUUUUCAACUUCCUCUGUACUUUUCAAACUUAUAAACUAUGUUGAACCGCUCGAAAGAAUUUCGUGAUAUUUUUAAAUCUAUCAUAUUGAAUUCUUGGAGUUUGUUGGACAAUAGUAUUAUCAUCUAGCGAAGCUUUUAGAUGAAAUUCUCGGAAAAGCCUUGAGAGAAACAAUUUUUUACCCAAACGCUUCUUUUUUUCUAUUUAGACAAAAAAAGCUAAAUAAUAUCGAAGUAAUUUGGACUAUUCGUUUCCCAAGAGACUAAUUAAAUGCUUCGUGAAAUAAAUUCAAGCUGUGGAAUCCAUAUUUUUGUGAUGAGUUUGUCAGGGAGAACGUCUUUCACACGCUGUCGGAUGCGCCUUCGCCAUUUGUCUCGAAAGAAAGAAGAAGCGCGACGACGAGAACUCUGCGGUCAACUCCGAAAAUGCGGUGAACGGGUCGCGAAUCAACGCCGACGCGGCUUUGAACCCGAACUGGGAUGACAAAUCGUUGGUUUCUUCAUAUUCCUCGGACUCAUUUCGGAUUUAUAGUUUGGACCAAGUUUCUCAAAGGACAAAUCCUGCGUACCAGUCUUUCAGGAAACAGAUUUCUAUAAGUGAGCGGUUACAAGUUGGUUUCUCAUGAGAAAGUAGUCUGUACCUUUUGAUCAAUAGGAUCCACAGUCGGCGAUAGUUAGUACGGCUCCGCUGGCGAGGAAUAACGCAAACUCAGAGGUUAAGACGAUCGCAAAACCUCGUCCGACGGCCAAUCCGGCCCUAUUCCUGAGACAGGUCUCGAGAUUAUAAAUACUGGCCUAUCUUUGCUCUGCAGGGAUCUCUGCGAGCUCCGGAUCCACCCAGUAGCAGUCACUUCGCCCGAAACUAUUCACUGAGAGGCAAUCCUGGGUCUCAGACUACAUCUUCCGCAAGAAUGGUACAUUUUCUUCUUUUUCUAAAAUCCUGAAGACAGUAGUCCUGAACAUUUUGAAGGUGAAAGAAAAAUUGUCGAGAUUAGUUGUGAAUUCAUAUUCAACUGACAACCCUGAACAGACAUCCGUGUUCCUAUUUUGGUUGUUUCUCAAUGAUUUUGGACCAAGUGACAAAGGUCAAUCGAGGUAUCCAUACCGUCAGUUAAUGAAGAGGAUACGCGCUGAGAUAGCGAUUAGAGUGUUAUCCGGCAGUAUACUUCUGAAGCUUCCUCGCAAGUUCAGAUGGUAUGGGGAUAGUAUCGGAGUGCACACAAAGAGUAGUGAAAUAUCAGAAAGUGAGACUCUGUAUCCUGUUUAUAAUUGAUCGUUAGCGAAUCGCGACUGAACCUGAGAGUGCACUUUUUUCGCUUUCUAUGUGGAUACGCAGGAGCUCCUACCUUGAAGGGAUAUUUUUUUGCACCUUUUUUUUCGUAACUAUUUGAGACAUAUUUUUGUUAGGAAAUGUUCUUUUAAAGGAUGUUGCCAAUUGUAUUUUAACGCAAAUUUGUUUUUUACAAAGCUUAUUAAUCUAAUUUUUAAGAUUUCUCCCUAAAAAAAUGCGUUACGAUAAAGCUUGAAAAUCGAUAAUGUUUCGAUGAAUAACGCAUUCCUGCCAAUAUGGUAGGCAUUAGAUGUGAUUUUUGUUCUUUUUGACUUCAAAAAUGAGAAUAAUAGAGAUGAAAUUAUAAAACUUUCAUUAAAUCAAAAAUCUCCUACCACCUAGCGUAGCAAUUAACAAAUUAGGCGCAGACUUGUUAUUUUUCACAUCAUGAAAUAUCUCUACGAUUCUCAUUUUUUCUCAGUUCGCUCAGCUUUGGUGUUUUUCUCUUUGUGCAUGUGACUGUCCAUAGUGACUCUAUUCUUUUUUUUGCAUAAUCUUGAAUUUUAAAAAGGCCUUUUGGUUGCUCUUUUUCUUUUUUCCGUUAUCGAAAGGGCCAUGCCAACCUUCCUGCCGGUUGAUAUGGACUACAUCCGCAUGGCAGUCCGUCGUGUCGGCGAACGAGCUCGCGGUGGCGUCUCCAGUCGCGUCCGCGACUUCCGCUUGAUGUACUCUAGCUCACGUCUCCGUUCCUACUGCCAGAUCGCCGAACGUGCCUCUGAAAUUGAUGGCCGCGAUGAGUAUUACCCUGCUUAUUUCCUGCCUUUCAAUGCGAAUCGCGAUUCUGACGAAGACUUCCUUAACGUCUUCUGUAAAGACAGAGUCUCCUGUCAGCAGCAACAUUCUGAGAUCGUCAUUGCAAAACUUUUCAAAAAAGUUUUUAUGUUUAAUUUGUGUUUCUUGUGUGUUUAAUUCAUCAAUACUCACUUAUUUUCCAGUCAGACACUAGUUCCGAUUAUCGGAUUUAUUCUUGCUCAGCUAUUUCAGGCAUUUUCUGUGAGGCACUAGAAGUUGAUUUUUUGAAACCCGUUUUUUUUUUUGUUUUAACCACUUUUUUAGAGACACUCAAAACUUCUGCGCUGAAAUAUAUUUUUGUUUUAACUUUCUACAGAGGCGUUUGUGGAUCUUCAUUUUUUUCUUAAAAUUUCUAGAAUUUCAAAAAGCAGUAUAAACUUGGAUAAAUUGAAUCUCAUAGGUCUCCAAUAAUUCUUUCAGAUACAUGGAAAGCCGCUGUAUAAUGAACCGAUCUACGAGGGCGACGAAGAUCCGCUCAACCUGGGACUUUCCAGCAGCGGCGUGGGCAGUUCGACACAAAUGACAAGUUUUUCGAAGAAUGGCCUCGAAGGGCUGGACCUCCUUUCGUGGGAGCUCCAGACUUCUGUCUCGGCUCUAAACGCCGUUCAGCAACCGUUUGCUUCUUGGAAUGGCUCUCCCUCCCAUGAAGUCCUUUCUUCAACGCGCUCUAACUCUUCUGAGAUACUGAGGCAAGCUAUUUGCUGAUUUUCUUCACUGUUAUUUUCUGUUUUCAGACUGAACGAAAGACUUGAUAAAAGCUGGACGAACUCCACGUUAAAGUCUAAGGCGGACGAGUGGCUGGAAGACGUUUUCCAGUCAGCUCUUACCAUUUCUCCUACAAACUCUGCAAAAGUUGGUCUUUAAUUUUCAGUUGUCUUUCAAAUUUAUAAAAGUCAUAUUUUUCAUUUAUCAGCCUAGAUCAUUGUUCUAUAUAUCCAUAUUUCGAUUCAAAAAAAUUUUUAUAACAUGAAAAAGUCCUAGUGCUGAAAAACCAUAUAUUAAAAAAAGUUUUUUUCCCUUAUAAUGAAACUUUUUUUGUCGGGCGUCAGAACUCUCAUGUAGCCAAAGAAAAAAAGAAAAAGCACAAAGGAGGUUUUAGUUUUAUUAAAAAAAUUUCUCAUUGUUGGGUUUUUUUCAGAAGUUUCCGAAUUCCUUCGCUUUUUUUGUUUUUUUAUUGAACCAAAUAAAUGCAAACAUUUUUUUCUUCUUCAGUGAAAUAUCUCUCAAAAAAAGCUUUUUUUAAUAUUUUUUUCCCCCUCUAGAUGAAGCUUCGAAUUGUCCUUUUUCGAAUGUAAAAAAGUUUUGAUUUUUUACAAGACUUAUUUAUUUCAUCAACUCAUUUGUGAGCAGAUUCUCAAAGAACUCGCGAGAGAAAAGUUGAUUUUGAAUUUUGAUUUUUUUUUUAGACAAAUUUUUAUUUUAUAGUAUUCUUGAUUAUCUCUUCGCCUGACUUUUAACAUGAGUUCAAGCCCGGUCGAGACGUUUUUGGAAUGAAAAUUUUAUUUCAUAAUACAUUUCCACUUUUUACUGUUUCCAUUUUUCAGACAAGUGUACAUUCGACACCAUUCAAUACCGCUGCGAACAAUUGUAAGAGAUUAAAUGAGGAGAAUAUGACUAAGUUUCUUCUCUCAGCUGUUUCUCGCUUGGAAGGCAGCGGUCCGCCGCCGUCGCAGCCGCCUCCGCCGCUUCCCAGUCGCCAGGCCGUUUCCAACGAUUUCUCCAAGUUGGAAUCUAAUGGAGCCGGUCGCUGCAACGCCUCGCCUUUCGAUCGAACCGUUUCUCAGAUCUCGGUUAGAGCUUAAAGUUGUCUUCUGUAAAAUCUGUGUCGCUUGCCAAACGGCUGUUAAAACGGUUCUUUUUUUUUUAAGAUAUAGAUUUCUAUGAAUACUCCGCAAAAUUUUUCUCAAAAUGUGUUUUGCAGAAGAUGGACGUCUUCGGACAGGCGGUCGCCUGGGACGUCGCUCCGACAGCUCCUGUUCCCAAGCCAGCCGAUCCUUUCGAUGUGCAGUGGAGCCGCGUCGCCGUCACCGACAACCAACGUCUCAUCUGA